ACUCCUACUCAGUUCAGAGGAAGCGAAACUGAUCUCAGAGAGCUGCUCUCUCUCAGACUGUGAGGGCAGGAAAAUGGCCAGUAUUUCAGUAGAUCAGGACCAGUUCAGCUGUCCAGUCUGUCAGGAUCUGCUGAAGGAUCCAGUGACGACUCCCUGUGGACACAGUUUCUGUAUGGUGUGUAUUAAUGGCUGCUGGGAUCAGGAGGAUCAGAGGGGGGUCUACAGCUGCCCCCAGUGCAGAGAGACCUUCACUCCAAGGCCUGUUCUACGCAGAAAUAAUGUUAUAGCUGAAGUGGUGGAGAAACUGAAGAAGACAGAACUCCAAGCUGGUUCUCCUGCUCUCUGUUAUGCUGGACCUGGAGAUGUGGAGUGUGAUUCCUGCACUGGGAGAAAACACAAAGCCAUGAAGUCCUGUUUGGUGUGUCUGGCUUCUUACUGUGAAGCUCAUCUUAAACCUCACUAUCAGUCUCCUGCCUUUAAGAAGCACAAGCUGGUCGAAGCCUCCAAACAGCUACAAGAGAAGAUCUGCUCUCAGCAUGAUAAACUGAUCGAGAUCUACUGUCGUACUGACCAGCAGAUGGUCUGUUAUUUGUGUAUGAUGGAUGAACACAGAGGCCACGAUACAGUAGCAGCUUCAGCAGAAAGAAACCAGAAACAGAGUGAAGUGAAAGACAUGCGGAGGAAAUUCGAGCAGAGAUUCCAGGAGAACGAGAAGAAGCUGCAGGAGGUGAAACAGGCUGUGAAGACUCUUAAGAGCUCUGCACAGGCAGCAGUGGAGGACAGUGAGAGGAUCUUUACUGAGCUGAUCCGCUCCAUUGAGAAAAAGCGCUCUGAGGUAACAGAGCUGAUCAGAGCUCAGGAGGAGGCUCAACUGAGUAGAGCUGAAGAACUCCUGGAGCAACUGGAGCAGGAGAUUGCUGAUCUAAAGAGGAGAGACACUGAGCUGGAGCAGCUUUCACACACAGAUGAUCACAUCCAGUUCCUCCAGAGUUUCCAGUCUUUCAGUGUCUCUUCUGGAUCUGAGGACUUCUCCAGCAUCACUGUCCAUCAACAUCUCUCAUUUGAUGGAGUGAGGAAAUCUCUCUCUGAUCUGAAAGAGAGACUAGAGGAAUUCUGCAAGCAGGAAUUCAGUAAUAUCUCUCCACAACAGAAGGAAACUCUGACUAGUAAACGUUUAAAAGAUGUAAAUUCUGUGAAUACGUAUGUAUGUAUACAUAAGAAUAUGUAUUCUUUCCUUUUGGUUUUAGAUUCCUAUCCUCUGACUCUGGAUCCCAACACAGUAAAUCAGAACCUCAGUCUGUCUGAGGAGAACAGAGUGGUGACGUUCAGUGGGAGAUUCCAGCAUUACUCUGACCAUCCAGAGAGAUUUGACUACUGGUAUCAGGUGUUGAGUAAGGAGAGUGUGAGUGGACGCUGUUACUGGGAGGUUGAGUGGAGCGGUAAGGGAUGGCUGUACAUCUCAGUCUCAUAUAAAGGGGUCAGCAGGAAAGGACAGAGCAAUGAGUGUAAGUUUGGACACAACGGUCAGUCCUGGAGUUUGCAGUGUUCUCCUUCCUCUCUCUCUUUCUAUCACAACAACAUUCAGACUGAGAUCUCAGCCUCAUCCUCCUCCAGAAUAGGAGUGUAUGUGGAUCACAGUGCAGGAACUCUGUCCUUCUACAGCGUCUCUGACACACUGACCCUCCUACACACAAUCCACACCACAUUCACUCAUUUCCUUGCCUUUUCUUUCUUUGGUUACCUCUCUCUUUUGCCUCCUUUUUCCUCCAUUUUUUCACUUCUUCAUCUUUUAUUCCUUCCUUUUUUUCUUUCAUUUUCUUCUGUCCUUCAUUUUUUUCUACUGUCUGUCCAUCGUUUCCUUGCUUCCUUUCUUUCUCUUCCUUUUUAUUAGAUGUCCGGCACUUCAUGAGCCUGGCUUGUCAAUCACUCACUCACUCACAUUUAAUGAGAUUGUCCACAAGGGGGAGCCACUGGCUCUGUAGUAACUAAAUCAGAACACAACAAAAUGAUUACAGAUGGUGACAACAUGCAGGUGCUUCACAUCAGUGUCCUUGUUCAUUUUCUUUCCUCCAAUUCUCAUCCAUCUUUCCUUUCUUACUUAUUAUGAUGUGAUUUAUUCAUUUAAAUUGUACAAUAAAUUCUUGAUUUGUAAGCGCUGUAUUUCCUUCACGGAAAUCUAGUUAAAUUACACUGUGUUGUGUUAAAUUACACUGUAUUGUGUUAAAUUACACUGUGUUGUGUUAAAUUACACUGUAUUGUGUUAAAUUACACUGUGUUGUGUUAAAUUACACUGUAUUGUGUUAAGUUACACUGUAUUGUGAAGACACAGUGAAUUAGUUUCUCUGGUUUAAGUGCACGGUCACACGGUGCUGCUAAAAUGUUUUUCAUUUAUCUAACGAGGUGAGAGGUUCCCUACGAUGGACUAGCGACCUGUCCAGGGUGUUUCCUGCCUUUCACCCAGUGACCACUAGGAUAGGCUCCAGCUCCCCUGCAACCCUGAAGGAUAAAUGGCUUAUAAAAUGUGUGUGUGUGUAAAUGGAGAGGUUUAAAGUUUCCAGGAAUUCAUUUGAGUUACUCAAACUCUACAUGGACAAAUCUGGGACAGGUGUAUUGCGUAACCGAGUCAUGAUGUGGGCUUGGUAUUUCUUCCUUUAAGGGAGGAAAAUAUUUCUUUGACAGUUUGAGCACAAGAUUCUUUAGAUGUUUAGAUUAAGCAAAGUGCAUCCAGACAGACACAUGUAUUAUUAAUAGCUUAGUUGUUUAAGAGAGAGAAAAAGAUGGUAUUGGACUGGCAUCAGUUUCAGCAGAUGCUCAUCAGCAGAUGUGGUAUCAGUAUAGGACACAAGAAUGUAUACAUUUACGUUUUACCUACUGUCCCAAUUUUUUUUAAUUACGUUUGCAGUUAUAUACCUAUUUUCUUUUUUUUUUCACAAUGAACAUAAUAAGGAGGAAAAAACACAAACCUAGCUCUCCCAUUACAUACCCAUGAAAUGACCUCUGCAUUCAACAUAAAGGUUCCUUUGGAAAACACAGUUGAGGUUCUUUGGAAAAAUGCCAGUCUACGUUGAGAGUAAGGCUUACCUUCUCACACCCCGUGUGUCUUUCAGUGAUUUAUUCAUGUGGCUAAUCUGUUUGAACAACAGUAGAUCACGGAUUAGUUCCUCAGCAAAUAAUUACUGAAGAACUUUUACCUUUAGUUCUAAUACAAAAUGGAUCAUACAGAUGGACAUAGACAGCUAUUACAGUCCUGAAUAAUAAAACCUGUUAUUAACAACCACACUAGACAUCUCUGUCAAAACAGAAUUAACCACAAGUGCACAUCCGCGUUACACAGGAGGAAGGUGUACAUGGAAAAUCAACACACACAUGCAUCAACAAACAGUGGUCAGCAGAUUCAAACCCGGAAAAUUAUUUAGGAUAAAGCAGUGAAUAUGUUUCCAUCUAUCAUAUAUAAUAUUUAUGUAGUAGAUAUCAGACUCAUCUAAUACUUACAAAACAGGUUUAGUUCAUGAAACAUUUUUAGGGAUAGUUCAGAAUUUCUGCAUGAUUCUUGUCACUCGGAGUGGUUUGAUGUGAUAUUAGUUCAUUGUAGAGAAACUUACAAGCUCAGUGUUCUUCACAGUGGUGGUGAUAGGAACCAGGGGUCUCAAUGUCCACAACACAAAUAAAGCUAUUUUAUUUCCUAUCCAGAACCACCAGUGAACCUGUACAUGUCCUCAGAGUGUUUCUAUGUAAUGUUGAUGUUGAAUCUGAAAAAGCUGUAUGAUUUCUUUGGCUACAGUUUUUCCUGCAUGUACCAGGAAUGUAUUUAACAAUAUGAAUUGUCUCUAAAACAGAGCAUUUCACCUCAA